UGCGCGUGCGCGGGCCGCCCGGAAGCGGCCGAGGACACGGACAUGGCUGCCCUGGGCUCCCCGACGCGCACUCUGCGGGGCCUUCUGCGCGAGCUGCGCUACCUGGACGCGGCUACUGGCCGGCCGUAUCGCGACACCGCGGCCUACCGCUACCUCGUGAACGCGUUCCGCGCACAUCGGGUGACCAGUGAGAAGUUAUGCCGAGCUCAGCACCAGCUUCAUUUCCAGGCGGCCACUUACCUCUGCCUCCUCCGCAGCGUCCGCCAGCACGUGGCCCUCCAUGAGGAAUUCCACGGCAAGGGGGAGCGCUCCGUGGAAGAGUCGGCUGGCUUGGUGGGGCUCAAGCUGCCCCACCAGCCCGGGGGGAAGGGCUGGGAGUCGUGAAGACGAGAGAGACUCCGCGUGUGCUGCUGCCUUCAUCCUGGAAGGUCAUUUCUCUAUAUAUGUAUUUAUCAUUAAAUUAUUUGGAAAAGUUGA